UCUAGCAACAUGGAUGGUCCUUCAGUGCCUUUGCUGCAGCGAUUUGAUAAGUCUUCUCGCCUUCUUCUCUGCACAUUGAUGUCUGGGCCUGAGGCUGCCUUGGCUGCCUUGCGCACCCUUCAACGGUCUGGGUCUGGGGAAGAUCCAAAGCAGGGCUUUGAUUGGCAAAGCUUUACAGAGAAGCUGUGUGCUCUAGAGCCUGUGCUACAAGGACCUGAGAAGACCCUCAGCUUAAAACCAUUAUUGCUGCUGCUUCCAGUCUUGUGCCAAAGAAAUCUCUUUUCCUUGCUGCUUAUGGUAAAAUCUGUAGUGCCAAAAGACUUACUUGUUCGUCUGCUUGAGAUCUCCAAGCAAGAGCCCAGCUUAGACCUCUGGGUGCAAAGACUGAAGGAUUUACUACAAGUAGAGCUGCAGGAGAAGAGCUCCUUGACUCCUGUCCUAUUAACAGGUGCUUGCCAGCAACAACUGAAAGAUCUGUGUCAGAAGGUUGUGGCCUUUCGUAAGGACACUCCUGGUUUAGGAGGGAAAUUAAGCUGUUAUAUUGAACAGACAGAUCCCUGCUUAGCUGUGGAUGAAAUAACCCCCAUCUCUGCAUCUCAGAUUGGGAAAAACAAGAAAGUAAGCAAGGAAGCCAUAAGCCCUGAAGAUGAGAGGCAGAGAAAAAAGGCCCGAAUGGAAGUUAAUGAAUCAGAUUCAGAACAUUUCAAGCAACAUGAUAUGCAGCAGGGAGCUGGAGCAACUGGAACAGGAAAUAAACUCAUGAUGAAUUCUGGAAAUGAAAAUGUUCACCGUGAAAUCAACAAGAUCUAUCAAAGUUCUCACAAGGAGGAAACAGUAGAAAUGAGAGAGGCUAGUCAGAGUUUCCAAAUGGAGCCUGCAGCAGAGGUUCCAAAUUAUAUCAAGGAACAUGUUCCCAAAUUUAAGGAACUUUUGGCAAUGCAAUGUGAUAAUUUUGAUGGGACUGUCCCUCCUGAACUUCAGGUCCUGAAUGAGUGUACCCCAAGCCAGCUAGAAGGUCUCUGCUCAUUACUGCAACUCUCAGAAUGCCCAGAAAAUGAGCUUCUGCAGCUCUGUACUUGGUUGGUGGUGAUGUCACCUGAUCUUAGCUACAGUUAUGCAACAAUACUUGCUGGAAAGCUCUUUCUACCUCGGAUUCUCACGCUGACUGAGCCAGCCUCAUGGCCUCUCACAAUGGCCCUCAUGAUGUUCUGCUCGAAAUAUGCUCGCGCGGUCUGUUGUACUUUGAUUCCUUCAAUUGUGCAGGCUUCAGGGAAAGGCAUGUUCAUUAGUUUUGCUAAUACAGUUCAGUCUCUUGUAUGUGUUAUUUAUUACUUUAAUUAUUUGAAUUAUUAUUUCUUGUAG